UCAUCAUCCUUUGGCGCCUCCAUAACUGUAAACACUUUUUCCCCUUUUUAUACGUUCUUGUCAUGGCAGUCAUGGGGAUUGACUGGGUACAUCCUUCGCUGGUUCCGAAGAAGUUCGGAUUCGGAUACGGAUACUUGGAUCCCCACAUCUUACACGCAUUUCACGUUUCUCUCAACAACACUGUUCCUUUCUUCUUAAGAUCUCCUUUCUCCAUACAUUUCAUUCCUUUUCAAUUCGAUUUCUCUCAUUCUCCUUCCCUCCUCCAUGCUUCUCUCCACAUGAUCUCCUCCAUCUCAUCGCUCGGAACCGCGAACUCGCCGUUGAAGCUUGCGCCGAUUGUUAGGUACUCCCAGCCGCCUGUCUGCUUCAACCUAGGGUUCAGGUCGAAGUCGAGAUUCGGCGUCGAAUUGACGAUACUAUUUGAUCAGCGGAGGAUGGACUGGAUCGGCAGAAUGGCUGGCGGUUGCUUCAAGGAGAGACCGACCAGAAGACUGGAAGUGGAGUUCGAUAGUUGCGGCGAGGAUGUUUUCGACGCCGGUGCUAUGGAGUCCGGCGCCUCUCCAGAGCAUCUCGUUAUCAUGGUCAAUGGACUAGUUGGCAGUGCUGCAGAUUGGAAGUAUGCUGCAGAGCAGUUUGUGAAAAAGCUACCUGAUAAAGUAAUUGUACACCGAAGCAAAUGCAACUACUCAAAGUUGACAUUUGAUGGUGUCGAUUUAAUGGGUGAAAGGUUAGCCGAAGAGGUCUUGUCUGUUGUCAAACAUAGGACUUCUGUCAGGAAGAUCUCAUUUGUGGCCCACUCCCUGGGAGGUCUUGUUGCAAGGUACGCCAUUGGCAGGCUGUAUGAAUGUCCAUCAAAAUUCGACCCUUCGUGUCUUUCUAGAAACUCCUUAAAUGAGACUACGAACAACUCAAUGCAAUGCCUGGAGCAGCCUUACAAGGACAGAAUUGCUGGAUUAGAACCUAUGAACUUUAUAACAUUUGCAACACCGCAUCUUGGGUCAAGGGGGCAUAAACAGCUCCCAUUUCUCUGUGGUCUUCCUUUUCUUGAGAGAAGAGCAUCUCAAACUGCACAUUUAAUUGUUGGGCGAACAGGAAAUCAUCUUUUCCUAACUGAUUGUGAUGAUGGAAAACCUCCUCUCCUUCUUCGAAUGGUUAAUGAUUCUGAUGACGUAAAGUUCAUAUCAGCGUUGCAUGCAUUUAAGCGCCGUGUGGCUUAUGCAAAUGCAAAUUAUGAUCAUAUAGUUGGGUGGAGUACAUCAUCAAUCCGGCGUCAACAUGAGCUUCCGAAGUCCAGUCUUCUUGCAACAGAUGAGAAAUAUCCGCAUAUUGUAUAUGUGGACCAACAAGCUACUGAUAGUGCCUAUAACAAGUCACCAUCUAUUGUUGGGGACCAGACAACUUAUUUGGAAGGUAUGUUGAAGUUUUUGUUUUUGCAGUGCUGCCUAACUAUUGGCAAAGUUAUCCUUUUUUUGGUGAAUUUAAUAGCAGUACUGCAAUAUUUUAUUAGAAUGUUGUGCUUCCUUUUUUAUUAUUGUUUCUCUUUUCUGUCUUGGCCUCGCAUCACACUAGACACUGGGAAACGUGCUAUUUUCUUGACUUGGUGCUGUCUUACUGAAAACCCAAAAAAUUUAUUUUUAUGGAAAAAAUAUACUUUUUGUGGAAAAAGAAAACUCAAUAACAAAGCAGAAAGAGGAUGGAGCAAGUAAAACUUGAAUGAAUUCAGAAAAGAUGAAGGUGGCCUGGAGAAUUGCGUUUUCUUUCCCCCUAAACUUGGGAGACUGUAUGAUGAAGGAGUUGGACUAUUGAUAAUAUCAUGAAGGGGCAGAAUUUUGAUAAAUGGGUGUCUUUAUGCAAUAAGGAGAGUGAAUCCUAAGCCAUCUUCUUCUGUCGGGACCUAUCCAGAGCUUUGGGAUUAUACCUCCAUCUUUUGGACCUCAGCUCAGUUAAUGCAGUAAGAAUAAACUAUGGGCUUGGAAUAGUACAUCAGUGUCUGAGCCAAAA